CCAGCGAUGAUGCCGUUUGCAGUCAGCACCCAGGGCCCACCACAGACACCGCCGCCCCAGAAGCACUAUGGCCUCACCUCCCCGAUCAGUUUAGCAGUCCCCAAGGAGACUGACUGUAUACUCACCCAGAAAUUGAUUGAGACCCUGAAGCCCUUCGGGGUCUUUGAAGAGGAAGAGGAGCUGCAGCGCAGGAUUUUAAUUUUGGGAAAAUUAAAUAAGCUGGUAAAGGAGUGGAUACAGGAAAUCAGCGAGAGCAAGAACCUUCCACAGUCUGUCAUCGGAAAUGUCGGCGGAAGAAUUUUCACGUUUGGGUCGUACAGAUUAGGAGUCCAUACGAAAGGGGCCGAUAUUGACGCUUUGUGUGUUGCACCAAGACACGUUGACCGAAACGACUUUUUCACCUCAUUCUAUGAUAAAUUGAAACUACACGAGGAAGUAAAAGAUUUAAGGGCUGUUGAAGAGGCAUUUGUACCAGUUAUCAAACUAUGUUUUGAUGGGAUAGAAAUUGAUAUUUUGUUUGCAAGAUUAGCACUGCAGACUAUUCCAGAAGAUUUGGACUUGAGAGAUGACAGUCUGCUUAAAAAUUUAGAUAUUAGAUGCAUAAGAAGCCUUAACGGUUGCCGGGUAACCGAUGAAAUUUUACAUCUUGUACCAAACAUUGACAACUUCAGGUUAACUCUGAGAGCUAUCAAAUUGUGGGCCAAAUGCCACAGUAUCUAUUCCAAUAUAUUAGGUUUUCUGGGAGGUGUUUCCUGGGCUAUGCUAGUAGCAAGAACUUGCCAGCUUUACCCAAAUGCAUUAGCAUCAACUCUUGUCCGUAAAUUUUUCUUGGUAUUUUCUGAGUGGGAAUGGCCAAAUCCAGUAUUAUUGAAAGAGCCUGAAGAACGGAACCUUAAUUUGCCUGUAUGGGACCCAAGGGUCAACCCCAGUGAUAGGUACCAUCUUAUGCCAAUAAUUACACCAGCAUAUCCACAGCAGAACUCCACAUACAAUGUGUCUGUUUCUACACGAAUGGUCAUGAUCGAAGAGUUUAAACAAGGGCUUGCUAUCACACAUGAAAUUUUGCUGAGUAAGGCAGAGUGGUCCAAACUUUUUGAAGCUCCAAACUUCUUUCAAAAGUACAAGCAUUAUAUUGUACUUCUAGCAAGUGCACCAACAGAAAAACAACAUCUAGAAUGGGUGGGCUUGGUGGAAUCAAAAAUCCGAAUUCUGGUUGGAAGCUUGGAGAAGAAUGAAUUUAUUACCCUGGCACACGUGAACCCCCAGUCAUUUCCAGCACCCAGAGAAAAUCCUGACAAGGAGGAAUUUCGUACAAUGUGGGUGAUUGGAUUAGUGUUGAAAAAACCAGAAAACUCAGAAAUUCUCAGUAUUGAUCUCACCUAUGACAUUCAGUCUUUCACUGAUACAGUUUACAGGCAAGCAAUAAACAGCAAGAUGUUUGAGAUGGAUAUGAAAAUCGACGCAGUGCACUUAAGGAGAAAGGAGCUUCAUCAGCUUCUACCUCAUCAGGUGCUUCAGAAAAAGAAACCCCAGUUCACAGAAGGCGUCACAUUGACAGCUCUGAAUGACAAUAGCCUCAACUUGGCUGCAGACAGUGAUGACAGUUUGUCUGUGCCUUUACCUGCCAGUGCUGUGAAGACCUGUCCAUUGACAGGCAGCUCUCAGGGCAGGAGCAGUCCUAUCCCAGCUAUAAUGGCAGCAUCUGUGACCAGCCUUCAGGCUACCGAGGUUCCCACGCCACUAGUCAAUUCCAGUGAAAGCUCUGGGGGUUUGGUAAGUGAAAGUUGUCUUCAAACUACCACACAGCCAGCCCUGUCUCCACCACCAAGGGCCACUGUUGCCAGAGUUGUUUCUUCAACACGUCUGGUGAGCCAUCCCCCCAGACCCUCUGGAAACACAGCAACAAAAAUACCUAAUCCUAUUGUAGGAGUCUAGAGAACUUGUUCCCAUCAGACCGAAGGACCAAGAAUACCGAAACAGAAGAAUAAAACAUCCAGUACAGACCUUCCCGAUACCCCUGCUCUCCCUGCUAAUCCUAUCCCUGUUGUUAAGAAUUCAAUAAAACUGAAAUUGAAAGGCUACAGACAAUCUUAA